CUGGACUUGGGCUGAGAGUGGAUCCGGCAGGACCAGCCAGCCCCGGCAGUUGAGGUGGUGGCGCGAGUCCUGGAGAAGGCUUGAAAGAGAGGCGUGACUGUUGGGUCUGUGGGCAAGAUGGAAUCUCCACAGAUCGUCGACGAUCGGGCCUUCUGCUGCACUCUGAAAUGCUUUGUGAAGUUGCUGCGGUUGGUGGUAACUGUGGCAUCUAUGACCUUUUUCAUCAUUGCACAAGCCCCUGAACCAUAUAUCGUUAUCACUGGGUUUGAAGUCACCAUCAUCUUCUGUUUCAUAGUCUUGUAUAUGUGCGGACUUGACAAGAUAAUGAGGUUUUUCUUUUGGUCUUUGCUUGAUGUUAUCAACUCAAUGGUAACUACAUUGUGCAUGCUCAUUGUGUCUGUGCUGGCCCUUGUACCAGAAACCUCAACGAUGACAGUCCUUGGAGGGGUGUUUGGUCUCCUGACAGUAACAUGCACUAUUGCUGAUUGUGCCCUCAUGUGCCAGAGACUUCGGUUCAGUCCACAUCGGCCUUAUCAGAAAAGGUCCGAUGAUAACAUUGACGAAGGAUGAUAAUUUUGUGCUCAUUUUAGUAGUUAUUAAAAUAAUUCUUUAUACUUCCAUGUA